CCGAGUUCAGUCACAUUGCACCUGCUGAGCAAUGCACGGAGUGGACCUGUAGGCAACUUGCAUCAUCUUCAACAUGAAGACAGUCACAGUGUCCGUGCUUCUGCCCUUGGCUCUUUGCCUUAUACAAGAUGCUGCCACUGAGAAUGAAGAUCAGGAAAUAUGCAAUGGGCUUCAGGCAUUCAUGAAAGAGGGAAAACUGUUCUGUCCCCAGGAUAAGAAAUUUUUUCUGAGUCUUGAAGGAAUAAAGCUCAUCAAUAAAUGUGCCACAUGCAAAAUGAUACUGGAAAAACAAGCAAAAUCACAGAAAAGAGCCAGGGAUUUAGCAAGAGCUACCAAGGCUACUGCCCCAACAGAGCUGAAUUGUGAUGAUUUUAAACGAGACGGGGAUUUAAUCUGUCUCGAUAUUUAUGAAGCUGUUUGUGGCACAGAUGGGAAAACAUAUGGCAACAGAUGUGAACUGUGUGCUGAGAAUAUGAAAACCGGGUCCAAAAUUGGUGUAAAAAGUGAAGGGGAAUGUAAAAGCAGUAAUCCAGAGAAGGAUGUAUGCAGUGCUUUUCGGCCCUAUGUAGUGGAUGGAAGACUUGGAUGCACAAGGGAAAAUGAUCCUGUUCUCGGUCCUGAUGGGAAGACACAUGGCAAUAAGUGUGCGAUGUGUGCUGAGCUGUUUUUAAAAGAAGUUGAAAAUGCCAAGCGAGAGGGCGAAACUAGAAUUCGACGGAAUGCUGAGAAGGAUCUUUGCAAGGAAUAUGAAAAACAAGUGAGAAAUGGAAGACUAUUUUGUACACGGGAGAGUGAUCCAGUCCGUGGCCCUGAUGGCAGGAUGCAUGGCAACAAAUGUGCCCUGUGUGCUGAGAUUUUCAAGCAGCGUUUUUCAGAGGAAAAUGGUAAAACAGAUCAAAAUUUGGAAAAGGCUGAUGAAAAAACUAAAGUUAAAAGAGAAAUUGCGAAACUCUGCAGUGAAUAUCAAGAUCAAGCAAAGAAUGGAAUACUUUUCUGUACUAGAGAAAAUGACCCCAUUCGUGGUCCAGAUGGGAAAAUGCAUGGCAACUUGUGUUCCAUGUGUCAAGCCUACUUCCAAGCAGAAAUUGAAGAAAAGAAAAAGGCUGAAGCACAAGCUAGAAAUAAAAGACAAUCUGGAAAAGCAACCUCGUAUGCAGAACUUUGCAGUGAAUACCGAAAGCUUGUGAGGAAUGGAAAACUUGCUUGCACCAGAGAAAAUGAUCCUAUCCAGGGCCCAGAUGGGAAAGUGCAUGGCAACACCUGCUCCAUGUGUGAGAUCUUCUUCCAAGCAGAAGAGGAAGAAAAGAAAAAGAAGGAAGGCGAAUCAAGAAAUAAAAGACAAUCUGAGAGUAAAGCUUCCUUUGAGGAGUUGUGUAGUGAAUACCGCAAAUCCAGGAAAAAUGGACCGCUUCUUUGCACUAGAGAAAAUGACCCCAUCCAGGGCCCAGAUGGGAAAAUGCAUGGCAACACCUGCUCCAUGUGUGAGGCCCUCUUUCAACAAGAAGAAAGAGCAAGAGCAAAGGCUAAAAGAGAAACUGCAAAGGAAAUCUGCAAUGAAUUUCGGGACCAAGUGAGGAAUGGGACACUCAUAUGCACCAGGGAGCAUAAUCCUGUCCACGGCCCAGAUGGCAAAAUACAUGGAAACAAGUGUGCCAUGUGUGCCAGUGUGUUCAAACUUGAAGAAGAAGAGAAGAAAAAUCAUAAAGAAGAAAUAAACAAUGUUGAGGCUGAAAAAGUUAAGAGAGAAACAGUACAGGAGCUGUGCAGUGAGUAUCGUCAGUAUGUGAGGAAUGGACGACUCCCCUGUACCAGAGAGAAUGAUCCUAUUGAGGGUCUAGAUGGGAAAAUCCACGGCAACACCUGCUCCAUGUGUGAAGCUUUCUUCCAGCAAGAAGCAAAAGAAAAAGAAGGAGCUAAACCCAGACCAAAAACUAAAAGAGAAGCUGGAAAGGAGACAUGCGAUGAAUUUCGGAGUCUUUUGCAAAAUGGAAAGCUUUUCUGCACGAGAGAAAAUGAUCCUGUGCGUGGCCCAGAUGGCAAGACUCAUGGCAACAAGUGUGCCAUGUGUAAGGCAGUCUUCCAGAAAGAAGAUGAAGAAAAAAAGAAGAAAGAAGAGGAAGAUCAGAGAAAUGCUGCAGGUUCCAGUGGCAGUGGAGGAGGGAGCACUCAGGACCAAUGUGCUGAGUAUCGGGAACAAAUGAAAAAUGGAAGACUCAGCUGUACUCGGGAGAGUGAGCCUGUACGUGGUGCUGAUGGCAAAUCAUACAACAAUAAGUGUACCAUGUGUAAAGUAAAAUUGGAAAGAGAAGCAGAGAGAAAAAAUGAUUAUUCCGGUUCCAGAUCAAAUGAGAAUGGAUCAGUAUCAGGGAAGGAUACAUGUGAUGAGUUUAGAAGCCAAAUGAAAAAUGGAAAACUUAUCUGCACUAGAGAAAGUGACCCUGUCCGGGGUCCAGAUGGCAAGACGCAUGGCAAUAAGUGUGCUAUGUGUAAGGAAAAACUGGAAAGGGAAGCAGCUGAAAAAAAAAAGAAAGAGGAUGAAGACAGAAGCAAUACAGGAAAACAGAGCAAUGACAAGGAGGAUCAGUGUCGUGAAUUUCGAAGCAUGCAGAGAAAUGGGAAGCUUAUCUGCACCAGAGAAAAUAACCCUGUUCGAGGCCCGUAUGGCAAGAUGCACAUCAAUAAAUGUGCUAUGUGCCAAAGCAUCUUUGAUAGAGAAGCUAAUGAAAGAAAAAAGAAUAAUGAAGAGAAAUCAACUGUCAAGGCCUCAAAUGAUGCAAAGGACCAGUGCAGAGAGGUUCAGAAUGAAGCAGAGGAUGCCAAGUUUAGGCAACCUGUGGGUUCCUUGGCCUCUAUUGCCAGGAUAAGUACAGAUCAGUGCAGUGAAUUUCGAAACUAUAUAAAGAACAAUGAGCUCAUCUGCCCUAGAGAGAGUGACCCAGUCCGUGGUGCUGAUGGAAAGUUCUAUACAAACAAGUGCUUCAUGUGCAGAGCUGUCUUUCUAACAGAAGCUUUGGAAAGGGCAAAACUUCAAGAAAAGCCAUCCCAUGUUAGAGCUUCUCAAGAGGAAGACAGCCUAGAUUCUCUCAGUUCUCUGGAUUCUGAGAUGUGCAAAGACUACCGAGUAUUGCCCAGGAUAGGUUAUCUUUGUCCAAAGGAUUUAAAGCCUGUCUGUGGUGACGAUGGUCAGACCUACAACAAUCCCUGUAUGCUCUGUCAUGAAAACCUGAUACGCCAGACAAAUACACACAUCCGCAGUAAAGGGAAGUGUGGGGAGAGCAGCACCCCAGGAACAAGCACUGCCAGCAUGCCCACAUCUGAUGAAUGACAGGAAGAUUGUUGAAAGCCAUGAGGGAAAAAAUAAACCCCAAUUCUGAAUCACCUACCUUCACAUCUGUAUAUACAAGAAAUUCUUCAGAGAUUGUCUUAUUUGCUAUAGAAAACAAUACAGAGCUGUUGGGAUUGGACUUACUGACUUUCAGUCUUUUCCAUCUCUUUUCUCCUAGGUGUUGUGAUCUGAGGGCACAAAGACAUCUCCACCAAGUCUGUGCCCUUGAAGAGUCUUGAUCACAAUGCUGUCUGUCCAACUGCCUGUUCAAUAAAAGUAAACUCAGCAGAACACCCUUCCUGGGAUUUCUUUGUCACUGUCUGGAUAAUAGAAAUGUGUUUUUAUAGAAACUGAAUAAACUCUACCCUUU